AUGCAGCUGUUUAGGUAAGUAUUUUUCAUAAUUAAAUUAGUUCCUUCUUUAACCGUCUCCUAGUCUCAGGCCUCUCGCCUAUUUGAUUCUGGCACUAAGAUCUGUGCUCAUCUCAUCUUUCUCCCUCACUCCAAAAGAGAUUCUCUCCUCCCUUUCACAACUUCUCUCACUCUCACCUACUGGUUUUUCUCUAUCUCCCUCUUUUUCUGAGUUUUUUCUGCCUUCCUUCCUGCAUAAAUUCUUAUUUUGCAGGGAGGAGGUGCAUUAUGUGUGUGUUUUAAGGCAAUUUCAGGGUCAGAAACUACUUGAAGAGCUUGAAAUCUUGGAAGCUGUAGCUUGGAAGGAGAUGGGUGGAGAUUCUGUUUGUGCGGAUGAUGACAAUUUUGACUGGGACAGUGAAGAUGAGCGAGAAAUUGACAAUCAUGGACUGUCUUCUUCGUCGACUCUCACACUUCCUGCAGAAGCGACAGCAAGCUCAGCAGAGGCAAGCUCAUCAGUAGGCUCUUCUGGUUCCAAGUUGAUAGAUCAUUUUGUAGGGAUGGGGUUUCCUGAAAAAAUGGUUGCUGAAGCAAUUCAAGAAAAUGGAGAGGACAAUACCGAUUUGAUACUUGAAACUCUUCUUAAAUGCUCGGCAAGAUCAUCUGCAAGCUCUUCUGGCUCCAAGGUGAUUGAUCAUUUUAUUGCGAUGGGAUUUGAUGCAGAAUUGGUUUCCAAAGCAAUUCAGGAAAACGGAGAGGGAAAUACAGAUAGAAUUUUGGAAACUCUCCUCACAUACUCGGCAAUUGAAAAAUCUCCUGAAGAACAGCAGCCUGUUGACUCUGAUCACUGGUCUUCAGAUUAUGAUGGGAGCUUUCUGGAUGAUUUUUCAGACAUAGAUAGCUCUGGAAGUGAGGAAAUUGCAAAAUCUGAGCCUGAUGAAGGGAAUACUUUGCUGUUCUUAGCAAGGAUGGGUUACACAGUAGAUGAGGCAUCAAUAGCAAUGGAGAGAUGUGGACCAGAUGCCACAAUAGCAGAGCUAACAGAUUUCAUCUGUGCUGCUCAAAUGGCAAAGGCAGCUGAUGCGUCCUUGCCAGAAGAGAAGCCAAAGCUCAAGCAUUUUGAUGAAGAUUAUCCUAAACAUAAGAAGAGGAGUUAUUAUGAAUAUGAUAUAUGGAAGAAGAAACAGCGCAUGAGAUUGGAGAAGAAGAUGCUUCCAGGAGAUGAUGAGAUGAUUCGUCUCCCAAAUCCAAUGAUUGGGUUUGGGGUCCCUACUGAUCCUGCUAUUGUAACUCAUAGAACACUGCCAGAAGCUGCUAUUGGACCUCCCUAUUUUUACUAUGAAAAUGUAGCACUUGCUCCGAAAGGGGUUUGGACCACUAUUUCACGGUUCUUAUAUGAUGUGGAACCGGAAUUUGUUGAUUCAAAAUAUUUCUGUGCUUCUGCAAGAAAAAGGGGCUAUGUUCACAAUCUUCCUAUCCAAAACAGAUUUCCCCUCGUUCCUCUUCCUCCACACAGCAUACAUGAAGCACUGCCUUUGACAAAGAAAUGGUGGCCUUCAUGGGACACGAGGACAAAACUAAAUUGCUUGCAGACUUGCAUUGGGAGUGCAAAAUUGACAGAUAGGAUCCGCAAAGCUGUGGAGGACUAUGAUGGAGAGCCGCCUUUAUCAGUACAGAAGUUUGUUCUUGAUCAAUGUCGUAAAUGGAAUUUGGUAUGGGUUGGCCGGAAUAAAGUUGCUCCGCUCGAACCAGAUGAAGUAGAAAUGCUUUUGGGUUUCCCGAGAAACCAUACGAGGGGAGGUGGAAUAAGUAGGACUGAUAGAUAUAAAUCACUUGGUAACUCAUUCCAGGUUGAUACUGUUGCAUACCAUCUGUCAGUUUUGAAAGAGUUGUUCCCUGGAGGUAUCAAUCUCCUCUCUCUUUUUUCUGGGAUUGGUGGUGCCGAAGUUGGUCUUCAUCGGCUUGGCAUUCGAUUGAAGAACGUUGUUUCUGUUGAGAUUUCAGAAGUAAACAGAAAUAUUGUGAGGUGCUGGUGGGAGCAAACCAAUCAGACAGGGAACUUGAUUGACAUCGAGGAUGUGCAACAACUGAAUGCUGAUCGAUUAGAGCAAUUGAUGAGCUCGUUUGGCGGAUUUGAUCUUGUUGUUGGUGGGAGUCCUUGCAAUAAUCUUGCGGGUAGCAACAGACACCACCGUGAUGGGCUGGAGGGUAAAGAAUCCUCUCUUUUCUUUGAUUACUGUCGCAUUCUGGACUUGGUCAAGUGUAUAAUGACUAGAAAUUGAUGAAUUAAUGCAACUGAUUUUUCUGGUA